UUUUAGUAUUUUAUUUGAACAAACAUUUCAGAUGAAAAGCCAGAAGUAAAUGAACAGGGAGAUAAAGAGGAUGGCAGCGAUGAUCUUGAUUUCGAGGAUGCAAGGGAAGGAAAUGAUGAUGUUGAUGAAAAUGCUGAUAAUGAAGUUGAUGACGAUGAACAACUUAUGGUGAUAGAAACACCAGAGGGACUGACACUUGUAGAGCCUGCAGAAAACUCAUCUUUUUAUAUUGUGCAAGAACAUGAAGGACAGGAAACUCCACCAGGAAUGCCUUCAGAGCCUGAAAUUCCCCAAGAUGUCAGUAUUUCUGAAGAACUUCUGAUGAAUAUCCAGCGAUUAAGAAGAAGCUCUUGUCCAGAGUUGCCUGACACAGUGACCAAACUAGAGACUCCAGAGGGAUGUAAAGUGUAUGUUGUUGGUACUGCACACUUCAGUAAGGAAAGCCAGGAUGAUGUGGCAAAGACUAUUCAGGCUGUUCAACCUGAUGUUGUGUUAGUUGAACUGUGCAAAAGUCGAGUGGACAUUCUCAAAUAUGAUGAGGAAUUUUUACUAAGGGAGGCUAAGAAUAUUGACAUGCAAAAACUAAAACUUGCAAUUAAACAAAGCGGAGUUAUAGGUGGCAUAAUGAACGUGCUUUUACUAAGUAUGUCAGCACACAUAACCAAGCAACUUGGAAUGGCUCCAGGUGGCGAGUUUAGAGCUGCUUACAGAGAGGCUAGGAAAAUACCUGGUUGCCAGAUUCAUUUAGGAGAUCGACCAAUUCAGGUUACACUUUCCAGAGCAAUGGGUGCCUUGAGUAUUUGGCAAAAAAUGAAAUUAGCUUGGCAUCUCAUUACAACUAAAGAUCCCAUAAGCCCAGAGGAUGUAGAGAGAUGUAAACAAAAGGAUCUUUUAGCUGAAAUGUUGGCAGAAAUGACAGGAGAUUUUCCCACAUUGUAUAAAGUUUUUGUGUUGGAAAGAGAUCAAUACCUGGCGAGGUCACUGAGAUUAUCUGCCAGACCUAUUGAAAUUCACAACCCUGAUGGAGUACCCCAAGGAGUUGUCCCUAGCGUUGUGGUAGGUGUUGUUGGAAUAGGACAUGUGGAAGGGAUUACAGAAUACUGGGAUAAGGAGACUGAUGUUAAAGAACUUCUUAGAAUUCCGGAAGCAAGCAAAGCAAGCAGGCUUAUACGUUUUUCAUUAAAGGCUUUUUUAGGAAUCUUUUUAGCCUGGGGAUGUUAUAAGCUUGGAAAGUACACGCGUAUAGCCUCGUAUAUUCCGUACUUAAACUGAAUAACAACUAAAAGUGUUGUGAAAUUGGAUUUGCUAGGAUGUAAUAUACCAAGAUUACUUAAUAUUUAAUUGUAUUUAUUCUUUUCCUCCACAAAAAAGAAUAAUUUUAAAAUGAAAGUUACGUAAGAAAUUUUUGGUUCCAGUUGUUGGAUUGCCGUUUUGAACUAAUCCAGAAAUAGCUGUAUAUAUGAAUUAUAUCUUGAUGAAAGUUUAGGCUAGGAGUUCAAAAACAAUGAGAUUAUGUAUUGCCUCAAGUCGUGAGCCUUACAGACGUCUUAGUUCAUGUAUAAUCUCAGAUUAGUCUUACCUGGCGAACAGCAACUGGACGACGAUGCCUUGAUUGGGACUGUCAUCUCUCAAGGGCUUUUGACAAAGCUAAAGUACCUUUUGACAAGUAAAGAAAAGUCUUUGACCUGCCCUUUACUGUAUGGAAAGAAAUUUUCACACCACUUUUAAAAGUUUAAACAAGGUGAACUUUAAUGGGUGAUUUUAUUGCUAACUUGUGUUUUAAAUAAAAUUUUAGGCACUUUUUGUUUUCGUUUGAUUGGAAUUUUCCGUCAUUGCUAUUUUUUUAGAGCAGAUGACCAGUAGAUUUUGGCGUAACGUACGUUAAGUGUCUUUUUCCAUUUGAAAUUACUUUAUUGAUCAAAGUAUCCAAACAUGGAAUAUAAGGCAACUGAGAAGAACUUAGAGUAAUCUGUCACUGUGAACCAUUAGUUAUUUUGAUGUUGUUGUUUGGGGUAAACGUAAGAUGUUGUAUAGCUGUUAUUGCAGUUAUCAUUGGUGUGACAUUCAAACGAGGCAAUAGGGUAAAUGCGGUGAAUUCUGCUUUUUAUUGACGUGUUAUAUUCGCCUCGUUUGUGUGUCCUUUGAAAAAAGUAACAUAUGACUACAGAUUCAACUGCAAUUAAAGCUUUUUUUCGAAUGGAAAAAAACUUUUAUAUUAUGUAAGAAGUUCAGCAAUUGCCCGGGGCACCAAUCAACUAUUCAUUCGUUCUUGUUGAUGCCAGUGGCCAAUGUGUGUUAGAAUGUGAUAAAGGUGCUCUGACAAUA